AUAUACGAACUUCUAACCAUGUUUAAUUCAAAAUCUAUAGUGCUGAUCUUUUCAUUUUUGCUUAAUUGGUCACAGUGCCACGUUAUUUGGGAAACUACUAAUUCAUUGCAACCCGUUCAUGGAUUGUAUGUGAAACCCUCAGUCGAUGGCACUACUGGAGACCUGUACGUUGCAGCUACAGAAGAUAACGGAGUCAAAUCUCAAUGGUUAACUGAUCAGCCUGUUAACUUUCUACCAGCAACCACCCAGAACCAGGCCAAAGCAGUCCCUGUGUCAUUUACAUCGAGUCUCACGAAGACAUCUUCACCGAAUGAAGAAACAAUUACCAGCCAAAGACGAGCUGUUGUUACGAGUCCUACGGUGAGGUACGCAUACGCGCUACCUGUACCAGGAGCUGAAGGAAGUUUUGUCGCUCCGUAUCCUUAUGCUAUACCAGCAAACCCUGCGGUGGAAGGAUCGAAUAUUCCAUAUUGCUCCGAUACCCCCGCACAGCCUUAUCCUGUUCAGUAUUUCUAUCCUCCAAUGAUGUCAGCGAUCGCUAGUGCUAUGAAUGCCUAUAAAGAAGGCGAUACCGAUGGCGGUUCCCAAAAUAUAUCACCACAAACAGCGUCGUAUUGGCCUAGUACUUACGGCUAUCCUUACCAAUACAUCAUGGUAGAUCCCAAAACGUGGUCACAAAGUCAAAAUAGUGCACUAUCUUCUACGACCACGAGUACAACCAGCAGCGAGAAUUCGUAAUUUAUUAAUCAAUCAAUGAAGUAAUAAGUUACCUAUUUAAAAUAAUAAUUUUAAGUAUUUAUUAUAAUUUAUUAAUUUGUUGGUUUAAUAAAUAAAAAAAAUUGC